AGCCAUUACGGAGCAGAGCCAGGGGUUCCGGACUGGAUUGCAUCGACACUCACGCGAUUAAAAGUCCACGGAACACGUACCGGCACUGAUCUGCCCGUAGGUGUGGGGUCACUGGGGUCUUCGCUUCUCUCUCACCUGGAGUUGAGCUCUAGGGUUUUCUUUUGGCAUCGAGGUGGUGACAAUAGUUUUUCCUUCUUAAAAUGACGGUUAAUCCCGAUUAUCUGGUGCUUUUAUUCACCAUCACAUCUGGCGCAAGUGGGGACCAAUUGGGAUCGGAUGAAAAGGAAAUCGUACAGUUGAUUUGGCAAGUCGUGGAUUUGGCGACUAAACAGGCUGGGCCAGUAAAUGAACUGCAUGUCAAACCGGAGCACAUUGAGCCCUCUGAGGAGUGUCAGGAGGUGAGUGGACUCACCGAGGAGGUCUUGACAACUGCUGCUCCACUCGAGGAAGCCAUUGACCAGUUGAAUCAGCGGUUAUGUGCGGAGGUGGACACAGGUGCAGGGAACACCUUCUGCUUCUGUAUGGAUGGACAGCUUCACAUGCGUCAAGUCCUUCAUCCCGAGGCCUCCAGCAAGAAUGUUUUGUUGCCUGAUUGUUUCUUCUCAUUUUUUGAUCUGCGGAAAGAGUUUAAGAAAAAAUUCCCGUCUGAAGGGGAAUUGAAAAACUUGGAUCUUCAGGUCAUGGCUGACUAUCUAAAUGUGGUUGUAGAUUCAUCUCUUCAUGCUUUCACUUCAUACAAGGUUGAACAGAUGUCAAAAAUUGUUUUAGCAUUCCUCUCUGAGCCUGUUUGCCAUACAUUUUCCUGUCCUGAAAAAGUGAAUGAUAAGUUUGAGACUGGCACCUGUAGUAAGAUGGAGAGGGUAGAUGAUAACACAGUGAUCAGAGCUCGAGGUCUUCCCUGGCAGUCCUCGGACCAGGAUAUUGCUCGCUUCUUCAGGGGUCUCAACAUCGCCAAAGGAGGUGCUGCAUUGUGUCUGAAUGCUCAGGGCAGGAGGAAUGGAGAAGCACUGGUGCGAUUUGAGAGUGAGGAGCACAGGGAUCUGGCCCUGCAGAGACACAAGCAUCACAUGGGCACCAGAUACAUUGAGGUUUACAAGGCAACAGGUGAAGACUUUCUAAAGAUAGCAGGAGGUACCUCUAAUGAAGUGGCCAAUUUUCUGUCGAGGGAGAAUCAGGUUAUUGUGCGCAUGCGUGGACUUCCGUUCACUGCCACUGCAGAGCAGGUGCUGCAGUUCUUCUCCCCGGCUUGCCCCGUGACUGACGGCAGCAAUGGCAUUCUUUUUGUACGCUUUCCCGAUGGCAGGCCCACUGGGGAUGCUUUUGUCCUGUUCUCCUGUGAGGACCAUGCUCAGAACGCACUUAAGAAACACAAGGACAUCCUGGGCAAGAGAUACAUAGAGCUCUUCAAGAGCACUGCAGCCGAGGUGCAACAGGUACUGAACAGAUACUCAUCGGCCCCAUUAAUACAAGUGGCCCCCUCCCCCAUCUUAUCUGUGGUGCCACCGCCAACAUUCAUACCCCAAACAGCAGCAGUGACAGGUAUCCGGGACUGUGUGAGAUUGAGGGGUCUGCCUUAUGAUGCCACCAUCCAGGAUAUAUUGGUUUUCCUGGGAGAAUACACAGCUGACAUUAAACCACAUGGAGUGCACAUGGUGUUGAACCAGCAGGGUCGUCCAUCGGGUGAUGCUUUUAUCCAGAUGCGUUCGGCCGAUCGGGCAUUCCUGGCGGCCCAGCACUGUCAUAAACGAAGCAUGAAGGGGCGUUAUGUGGAGGUGUUUGCAUGCUCUGCUCAGGAGAUGAACAUCGUGCUGAUGGGGGGAACGCUCAACAGGAGCGGCCUCUCGCCGCCACCAUGUAAGUUACAAUGUUUGUCCCCUCCAUCAUAUUCGUUUCCUCUUGGGACAACUGUCCUUCCUGCUGGAGCUGUUCUUCCAGCAGGGGCGGUGCUACCGGUUGAGCCAGCAGCUAUCUACCCCUCCCAGUUCCUGCUGAGUCCCCGGCCCCUGGCCCCAACCACUGCGUUCUACCCUGCCAAUAACCCACUGUACAUGAACUACACCGCCUAUUAUCCCAGCCCACCUGGCUCCCCCCCUAACAUCAGCUACUUCCCUGCUGGCCACACCCCUUCAGCUGGCUCAGUCCUCUCAGCCCCACCCACAGCACUGAUACGAAUGCAAGGCCAUGCCCCUUCCUAUGCUUACAACAGUGGGGUUAAAGAGAUCCUCAGCAUGGUACAUGGAUAUCAGCCAGGCAACAAUGAUGCCUUGGUAACUCUCCCCCCUGUGCUGUCGGCCAAGCAGCCUAUUGGAGACCAUACUCUAGGAGGCGGGGCCUAUAUUGACUUGCAGUUGCUUUAAGCCAAUCCAUUCACAAGGCCACACCCCUGUGGUGGAGCAUGGAUUUAACAAACCCCCUCAAAACAAAGCAGUUUAUGCCUUUCCUUAGAUUAGCUAUUUAUAUGAGAAUUUUUUAAAGAAAGAUAUGUAUUUUGACAUUAAUGUAUAUUGCACAUUGUUUUUUUUAUGCAUUAGAACUAAUAUUCUACUCAUAUGGUUGUUUUGCUGAAGUCAGAAAUGUGUUUGUAUGUUUGUGUACAUACAUGCAUGUGCAGUGAUAUUCACUCAGGAAAUAGCUCCUCGGGUCUAAAAGACUAACUGCCGAAUCAAGAUUUUUUCUGAUACCAUAAAUUUAAGCCAAAGGACCAAAAAAAAGUUUGUAUGUGUGUGUGUUAGUGUCUGUUUCCCUGUUGAUGUGACUCUACCAUGAGUAUGUGUAAAUAUGUGGAGGCCUUUUUUUCUUUGAAGGUUUUAAAAUGCAUGAUGAAGUUCAAAGAGCUAGCUGUUUUAACAUGUUUACAAGAUUCGCCACAUCCGUACAUUAUGCGCAAUGUUGUGUGUGGAUGGCUGCAACUUUAUAGUUGUGCAGCCUCAUUGUUAGGUGAUUUUAACAAAACCUGUCAAGAACAAUUCCUGGUCUUUUUUACUCUGAAAUCAAAAGAAACAAAUAAAAAAUUAUAUUUUGCAUUUAGAAAAGUAAUCAUAUUUUUAAGGGCAUCAAUAUUUUUUACAUUGUGACAUAAUUCUCAUUACCGCAAUAUAAAAAAAAGAAAAAAAGAUGGUCAUUAUGAUAUUAUUUUUACUGUGAAACAUUUUUUUUUUAAUUACUGUAAUGAGGGGGGGGAAAAAAGGAAUGGUAAAGCAACCUCAACUGGCAAAAUGUGCUUAAGUGUCCUGAAAAUAGUUUCUCAAUGCAAAAAAUGAAGUGUAGGCUUCAAUUCAGCACAAUAUAUCUUUACUUAUGUGUAUAUAUAUGUAUAUAUUUAGCAUUGAUUUGGGUUUAAAUAUGAUCAGUACAUUUUCUUAACAGGUUUCGUGAGAAUCACCCUUUCGCCAAAAUUGCUCAAAUGCAAAAUCAGGAACAAUUAAUUACUUUUGUGCUUUAUAUCCAUGUCUGUGUGUCAUGAAUCAAAAAUAUGCAUUGUCCUUACUCAAUGUACAAAACCCUAUAGAUAAAUGUACCCCAAAUGAUGGAUGCAUGACAUGUGCCUGUAUGUAUGCUCGUGUGUGUGUGUGUGUGUGUGUGUGUGUGUGUGUGUGUGCUUGAGCGUGUGUAUUAUUUCACAUGCACACCAUAACCAAGUCAAUGCAUGUGUGUUUAUUUAAUGCACUCAGAGAGUGUUUCGAGCGUGCUGUAUCGAUUUUCACCCGUUGUCUGUGUAUUAAGGAGAGUGUUUGUGUUGAAUGUGAACAGGUUUAUUUGUUACCUGCAGCUGAAUCCCAUCUGUAACCUUCUGUUUGUUUAUGCCAAUGUGCCUUGUAUAUUAUACCCUGUGCUUUUUAUUAAAUACUAGUGUGUAAUUAGCAUGUUUAGUGUUUUAUGAGCUGUAGGAGUAAAGCAUGAGACAGUAAAAUAGAGUGAGUGCAAGUAGUACCCACACAUGCCAACAGGCAGUAGU